AUGGACUCUCCUCAACCUCGUGAAGUCCAAAUCUUUGACGAUGACACCAGCUCCAUCGCGAGCUUCGAGGAUAUCCCUUCUCGCCACAGGCUCAGGACUAGGGACAUGUCCACCCGAAUGCCCUCACCCCCUCCCAAGCGAGAGAUUCUCAGGGUCGAUGGCAAGGUCCCAGACGUAAUUCACGUCGUCAAGUAUCUUGGCUGGCGAGACAAUGUCAUAGAGUUCCGCCAGAGUACUCAGCCCUUCGAGAGCAUUCCACUAUAUGGAUCUCAUGGUGGUCUCGACCUUGCGGAUGGCGAAGACUCGACUGAUGAAGAGAAGCCUGUACUUGAGAUUGUUACACGAGUUCUACCCAGGAGUGUACCCCGUCGCCCUCUUCAUCCUCCUCCUCCUGGCGGCCCACGGGACCACGAUAGACCUAUUACCGGAGCGUUUGAGCAAGUCGAUCAUCGCUACGAUGGCGGCUUACCAGUUCUGGAUUCAGAGCCUCAAACGACCGGCCCUGAAGUGACCCGCCCCUUUAUGAUCAUUCACUCGGAACAUCUCAUCAACGCUCUCAAAGCCGUUGUGGUAUACUACCCUUACGUCGGCUUCGACGGCAAGUCCGUCAAGAUCACUGCCCCUUACCGGGUUUUGUAUCAUCAUCGAGAGGAGCUUGCCCACUACAAGCACCGCCAGCCAUUAACCCACAGCCCAGAAUACACUUCCACCACCGCUCAGCAUAUCGACGUUCUUCUCAAGUUUCUGGAUGAGAACCUUGGCGAGGAUAUCCGUCGUGAAACAGAGCGCCACCAGUUAGCUACCCCGAAAGCCACCUUUGAUCUCUUUUGGCUUCUUCUGAAGCCAGGCGAGAUUAUUUACGCCAAGCGGCAUGAUAUCUGGACCCCGUACAUCAUCAGCAGCGUCAGCAUAGAUCAAGGGAACAGCAAUCCCUAUGAUGUCUACAGAGUCCAUUGUUGGAUGCUUGAGUCCAAUGGCACCAAGGUCAAUCGCUUCAUGUCCAGCUUCCACCUCCCCCAAUGGCUGGGGGAUCAAGCCAUAGGAAGUCUUUCUGUCAUCCCCGCCAUUUUCUGGCCCGAGGAUCUCGAAGCCCAAGGCGGAAUGACAAUGAGAGAAAAGAACAUCGCACUUGGGAAGCUGUACUGGGAGCUUUUGAAGCGCCCUACUUACAUGGACUACGAGGGCCAACUCGUCAACUCUGGUGCGAGCAAUAGACAUUGCCGCGGACCAACCGGCUUCAUGUCCGGUCGCGUCAUUUGUGAUGCUCCUGGCUUUGACAACUUCUACCACCAGGGACCAGACGGCUUUCGUGGGGACCGUUACAAUCGUGCGCGGCGAUACAGUGAAACGGCACCUCCUGUCAAAGACCAUCUGCCCAGGGACCUUCCUUGCUGUGGAUGCGAUGCUUGCAUGGAAGAUCGCUCAGGCCAAAACACGGAGAGCCCAUAUCGCGGCUUCGAGGACCUCGAUCCAACCCGAGACUCUCCCCCUGAAAACGAGCUCUUUUACCUUCUGUGCAGCAAGACGAUGCCCGGAUUUGUUCUUGGCGACAGGCGCUGGGGUCACUUAAGUAUCGCCAAUCUGAAGCCGGUGGAGAGUGAUAAGGAAGCCUUCAAGUACCUUGUUCUUGAUGAUGAAAUCAAAAUGACUGUCAAGGCCUUGAUUGGAAAGUUCGCAACCAACCUGGGCGAAGGAAAGGUAUCACCUUGGGGCAAUGACUUUGUCAAGAACAAAGGAGAAGGCCGAAUCUUCCUUCUCCACGGUGCUCCCGGUGUUGGAAAGACAUGCACUGCCGAAUGCGUUGCUGAGUUGACCAAUCGACCUCUGAUUUCUCUGACCAGUGGCGACCUCAGUGUUGAUUCUGACACCGUCGAGUCCAAUCUUAGCUACUUCCUAGAACUCGGCCAGCGUUAUGGUGCUCUUGUCCUGCUAGACGAAGCCGACAUCUACCUCGAGCGCCGUCGUUCCAAGGACAUCAUGAGAAACGGUCUUGUUUCCGUCUUCCUCCGUGCGCUCGAAUACUAUCGUGGAGUUCUCUUCCUCACUACCAACCGGGUUCAAUCCUUUGAUAGCGCGUUUCUAAGCCGCAUCCAUGUCGCUCUGCACUAUAAGAGCCUCAGCCACGAAGAUCGUGAGCGCAUCUGGACCUACAGUUUUGACCGUCUGAGCGAUGACUCGAACGGCCGGAUUCAUAUUUCUGGUGCAGCUCGAGAGUUCGUCUGGAAUAGUCAGGAUGUCCGCAGUCUCAAGUGGAACGGCCGAGAGAUCCGCAACGCCAUGCAAACUGCGCUUGCUUUGGCUGAGAACGAGGCUGAAGAGGAACACACAGAGCGUAUCACUAUCAGCGAGAAGCACCUUCGGGCUGUUGUGAAGAUGAGCCGUGGCUUCCGUGACUACAUCAAGAAUGCAGUUCCUGUUCAGGGCUUCGAGGAUACUCUUGACGAUUCCGAUUCUGACAAAGAGUAA